CACUACAGCAUUCCACUCCCUUCACCACACCCGCUUCCAUAAGCACUCCCUUCGCACCUAUGAUACCCUCUCGCCCCAUCCACACAUAAUGGCCCAGCCAUGUUCACUCGCGGCCCUCGACGACCCCUCCCGUCCGCAAGAACUAUCCGCCUCCUCUACCAAUUCGGGUACAUUGCAACGGGCACCGCGGCGGGCUUGGUGACGCUGUGUCUAGAAGAGCAGCGGCGCCGCAUCCAGAUCCUGCAAAAGGUCGUGGAUAAUGCCAGGGUGAUUCGCAGUCAUCCUAAGUACCGGGGGAGUCAUUCGUUCGCGGCGGCGACGUGGGAGAGUAGUGAGGAUGAAGGUUCUUGGUGGGGUAGUGCUGCGCCGCAGGUGGAAGAUACCAGAGUAGAGAGGCCGGGGUUCUUUGGUGGGGGAAGACGAGCGAGAGCGAGGUCUGCGCAGACUACUGAGCGCUCUUCGAUUACGACACGGAAUCAGAGCAGCGGCCUGCAGGAUGGCGGGACGGGUCUGCAAUCCACACGCCAGCGUCGCGAAGAGCGAUUUGAAGGCGCGUCCUCGGCUGACAAGGCGUCUUCGACGCUCAGUCGAGACGUCGAACCACCCUCGUCGAGCCCCGUCCAGCGGCCGACCUUUAGCGGGCCUCUUGCAGGUGAUCGAUUCCAGGAACCUGCUCAUCGCUUGUCAGACCGUGGGCGGAACGCUUUGUCGAAAGAUCACCGCGCACCGGACCAUCCAUUGUUCCAUAGGCCGGUGCGCCUACAAGACCGGAGUCACGCAGCAGAUACGACUGAAGUACCGCAGCAGAAGAAGGCCAACACUUGCGACCUAGCGCUCGGAAAAGCCAUAACGGAGGACAGAACAGACGAGUGCCUGAGUCUGCUACAUUCCAAAGUCGCAGCCGCAGACACUAGAGCCAAGAUCAAAUCGGUCGGCGCAGAGAUCGACGCCUUUAUCAAAGCGUGCAAUGAUUCGGGCCGCCACUGGAUGCUGGCGACCGCAUUGCGCCCAAGGAACCGUCUUCUCGCGCGGCAUUCCCGAUCCGACCUUCUCCAGCGCUACUUGAUUCCUCAGAGCCUUCGCGCUAUCCAGCAUGCCCUAGUCGCCACUCAAUGUCCGCAAUGGGAGUUUGAGGAGAUUUGGAAGAUGUUACCUGAUUAUCUACGUCUGUCGUUCGAUCCUAUCCUGGCCAUCCCAAGUCUACAAGCGUACUGGAAAUUCACGCGAGACUUGACCAAGGUUGACAAAUAUGUUGCGGAGAAGCUUAAGAAGGAGAUGGAACAGUACAAAGAUCACGAAGCAAAGCUGCAGGAGCUGAACUUUGCUAUGGUUGGUAUCUACGCCGACGCUGGCUUCUUGGACCGCAGCGUGGAGCUCCUCGCUCAAAUGCAAGGCAAUGAGGGUGCCAGCAACGAACUUAUGCGACGUUUUGCCAUCCUGUUGGCGCACAAGCACGACUGGGACAGUUUGAGUCGCCUGUUCACGGUCAUCGAACAUUUGCCGACGCCGCUUUUCGAAGAGAAGCACUCGACAACUUUCAACACGAUCAUCAUGCAUUAUGCCAAAGAGCAUAGCCCCACCGAAACUUGGAACUUCGUUGCCCAUGCAAUGGAAAGUCUUACUUUGCGGCCCACUCGCAUGACUGCUCAGCUUGUGAUGGAGAAUUUCGUGCGGCACAACACCUUUGACUUGAUCCCCAAGUGGCUGGCCUUCCAAAGCGAAUGCGGAUUCAAAACCGACAUGGAUGCGCGCUUAGCACGGAAUUUAUUGCAGGAGCACUACCUCAAGUACCGGCCGCCGCACGAUCUGCUAAUGACGUGGUGUCGCCGACUGGCGGUAUUCUAUCCGGCAAUCAUGAACAAGCAGCUCCAGGACCUCCUUCGGGGCGCGAUAACGUAUGACAUGCAUGACUGGCGAGGCACGGGUCGGGGCAAUGCCAUCCGUUUUGCAAAGGUGCGGCUGGAUCUCAUCGAGGAUACGCGCCAUAUCAUUCCGUCUCCCGGCUUUGUGUUUCGGGAAGAAUUGUAUCUGCCAGACUCUUCUGCCUCGAUUGUAGAAGGCAGUGCGAUCCCAACACCAAUUUCCACGUCCGAUGAUGUCUCCGACGCCUCCGACGCCUCCGACGAUAUGAUGAACUUCGAGGAGCCCAACUUGCCAACGGCCGUUGGUUACAGCUCGUCGCAAAAUCACUUGAGAGCGCGGAAGCGUACAUGGACGCAGGAUGAGGCGUUGGAGGAGCAUGAUAUUCUGGGCGCCUCACCUCAGUUCAGCGUCUUGUAUCGUGAGAUGUGGCUGGAAGUCCAGAAACGGAACUACCGCAAAGCUCUCGAACUCUACCGCGAUAGCUUGGAUCCGGCUGGUCUGCCUCCAGUCGCCGCGGCUCUUGAGCUUGCCGUCGAGGCCUCCAUUCGCCUCCACCGUGGCGACCGAGUGGUAGCUGAGCAGCUGAUGGCCAGCGCUCGCAAAGCCGGCAUGAACACCGCCGCCGCCACGCGCCCUUUCCUUAUCCACACGAUGCGGACCCUCUACCAUUCCGGCAAACACAUCGAUUCUGCCGAGCUCGAGACCAACGUUCUCCGGUACUACGAAGCAAACUUCUCCAACAACCAACGUCUCACCUCUUAUGUCGCGAACACUGCCGCCACCGUCCUUCUUCAUCGCAACUCCCCUGCCGCUGCUCUCCGCCUUCUUUCGGUCAUUCACGGCCGCUGGCCUGAUGAACUCCCCGUUACCAACGUCGUCUGCACCAUCCAGCUGCAAUGCCAUACUGCCCUGCGCUCUCUCCCCGGCGUCCAAUCCGUCCUCCAAACGAUGCUGGACAAGGACUUCCGCAUUCAGCGUCGCUUCCUGCUCAAGCUCAACGAUUGCAAGAAGAAUGCGAGGAAGUUUGAGGAGAAUGCCUCGCAGGAUGUGGCUGCUUUGCUGGAGUCAUGGCUCGGAAUCUUCCGAGAGAAGAGAGCAAAGCAAACCGAAGAGGCGAAGCAGGUCGGAGAGGCAUUGUUGGCUGUCCUCGUGAGUUGUUCAGAGCACUCGGCGCCGCUGAUACCAGCCACGCAUGAGGAGACGAUUGGCGAUGGCCGGGCUGCCGAUGAGCACGGCACCGGCACCGCUGUAUACGUCCCCUUCAUCGACGAGUCGUAUUUCUCCGACGAGCCGGAGCCCACGGACGGGGCGAAGGAGGCCAAGCGCCUCGCGACACUGAGGCAGCGCAUGAUUCGAGACAUUGAGGAUGAAGCGGUCUUUCGCUGGCACACGGAAAAGCGGCUUCGAGAGGCCCAUCUGCAGAGCCGCGUUGACGAUAGCGACCAGGUAUAUAGGCCUUUUGACGCUGCUGAGGCGGACAGUUAUGAGGCGGGGUUGCAUGGUGAUGGAAUGGAUGGGGCGCCGAAUGCGCUUGCUGUUGUUGAUACCCGGGCAUAGCGUUGGAUGGGCUAAAGAGCUUUUAGACGAGCGUUCGAACAACGAGUUUCGAAAUGAAUUGAAGAGAGCGUGCUGUCGUAAACCGUUAGUCUGGCCGCGGAGAUUGCAGCCUGAGGCUAAGUUCUUGGCGGUCGCGUACUUCCUAAUCCGUACGCG